AUGGUGAAAAUCCCCGGGUGGCUACCAGUGUGCGAAGUGGAAGACGGGUGCGCAAACUACGUCGACCCAAGUCUAAGUUUCUUGAGAAAAAGUUCUCGACGAGAAAAGAAGGCAAACUGCGAGAGGAAGAAGCGAGAAAAAGAUGCAGAUGAUGAAAAAGACAUAUGGGACGAACCUGUAGGUGAUUCAGUUCAGCAAACGUUUUUUAAGUGCUUAACGAAAAGUCUGAUCGAGAAGCUGUUGCCUAUCGCAUUGAAUGAAGGCGAAGAGGGCACUAAAGUGAGUGCGGUGCAUGACCCGUGGAUGCCUUGUGAUGAACUCGCCGAACGAACCGAAUGGCUCUAUUCAACCGAAGUUGCAAGACUGAACACAAUCAUGUCAAUAUCAUACUUUGCAAGUUUUUAUCUCUUACAACCAAUCAAUUAA